CGAGGGAGGCUGACUUCUUCUGGCUGCCUGACGCUCGCCACCCGAGGCUGACCCUGGAUCAUGGCGACUUCUGUGCCCGCCGGCGGUAGAUGCGGCUACUUCGUGGAGAAGAAGAGGCGGUUCUGCAGGAUGGUGGCGGCCUCGGGGAAACGGUUUUGCGGGGAACAUGCUGCCGCCGCGGAGGAAGAAAAUGCUCGGAAAAGAAUCCUGUGUCCUUUAGAUCCAAAGCACACAGUAUAUGAAGAUCAACUAGCAAAGCAUUUGAAAAAAUGUAACUCAAGGGAAAAGCCAAAACCUGACUUCUUUAUUCAAGAUAUUAAUGCAGGCUUAAAAGACGAAACAGAAUUACCUGAAAUAUUAGUUCCACUUUCUUCUCUAUCUGAAGAGCAGUUGGAAAACUUAAUUAAGAAAUUGAGAAAAGCAAGUGAAGGGUUGAACUCCACACUUCCAGAUCGCAUUAUGUCUCACCCAGCGUUACAUGAUGCCCUCAAUGACCCUAAAAACGGGGAUUCUGCCACCAAGCACCUGAAGCAGCAGGCUUCUAUUUUAGGUAACAUUGAAAAAUUAAAGUUACUUGGUCCAAGAAGAUGCUUUGUUGAGUUUGGAGCGGGAAAGGGAAAAUUAUCUCAUUGGGUUGAUAUUGCCUUAAAAGAUGCUGAAAAUGUUCACUUCAUCCUAGUGGAGAAGGGGACCACAAGAUUCAAGGUAGAUGGUAAACACAGAAAGAAAAAUUCAGUGUUUGAGAGACUUCAAAUUGAUAUUCAACACUUGUGUUUGAACAAGAUCUCUGUGCUAAGAGAAGGGACGCUACCUGUGGUGGGAAUUGGAAAGCACUUGUGUGGCGUGGCAACAGAUCUUGCCCUGCGGUGCUUGCUGGAAACCUGUGCUGUCCACCAUGAGGAGCGGCACGGAGAACCCAUGGCCAAACGCGUAAAGAACAGCGAAACAGAAAGAGAGAGCCACACCGUGGCCAGGGAAGGAUGUGACAACAGCGCCCCCGAGAUGCAGAGCCCUGUGGCCGGCAUUGUUCUCGCACUGUGCUGUCACCACCGCUGUGACUGGAGGCAUUACGUGGGCCAGGAGCACUUCCGGGCGCUGGGCCUGGGCGCCACAGAGUUCCACUACUUCCAGCGCAUGAGCAGCUGGGCAACUUGUGGGAUGCGCAAGACCGUGGGGUCCUCAAACACCACCCCCAGGAGGCAGGAGCAGGAGCAGGAACGGGAGGACGAGGGUGAGGAGCACGAGAUCGGAGGAUGCAGGGCCACAGAUGACAGCGACGGCCUGCUUGGGCUUCUUAGUGUUGAAGAAAAGAAGAAAAUAGGGCAUCUUUGUAAAUUGCUGAUUGACCACGGUCGCACCCAGUAUUUGCAGCAGAAGGGCUUCAGUCCAGCUUUGCAGUAUUAUACGGACCCACUGGUGUCUCUGGAAAAUGUGUUGCUAACUGCUCUACCAAACCCCUUCUCACCACCAGAAACCAUUGUGUAAUGGAAAAGAGGCUGGAACGGCAUCUGUCUUCCACCCAAAAAAGUUUUUUAAGUUAUAUUUUUAUAUUCAUGAAAAUAUACUUUAAAUAAGAUAAUAUGAACUUUAAAAAACACAGUGGCUUCAUUGAACUUUCGUAAUAGCAUUGUUUUUUUGCUUCAGAAGUCCAAACGUUAGAGAACUCACGAAAGUCCCAGAGUAACCCUCUUCAGCAUCUUGGAUUAUAUUAUCCAUCCGCGUCUGCAGAGACUGGCAAAGUGGUAGAACAACUGACUUGGUUAUCUGAAACACAAACAGCAUGUGAACCUGUAACUAGCAUGUUAGCUUUCUAAUUGUGUUGAUUUUGGAAAUUUAUUUUUAUUUAU